AUGUCAACACGCCAAGUGGUCCUCUUAGAAACUUUAGAAGAUUUGGGAGCUGAGGACUUUGAAAAAUUCAAGUGGUACCUGCAGCAGCAGGGGGUGCUAGAAGGUCUCCCAGCAAUCCGAAAAUGUCGACUGGAGAAUGCAAACCGGAUGAAAACCGUAGAUACGAUGUUUCAGACCUACAGUAUGAGCACGAUAAAAGUGACCAGAACAGUUUUAGCGAAGAUAAAACAGAAUGAAUUAGUGAAUAAUUUCUCAAACAUCUCCUUUGAACCUGAAGGUAAGUCAGAAUCAUUAUUCAUUAUAAAAAUUGAUAUUCUUGCUGAGUGCCAGCGAAAACUCAAAUCCAAAUUACAAAAGAAGUUCAAGUGUGUGUUUGAGGAGAUUGCGAAAGUAGGAAACCCAACCCUUCUGAAUCAGACCUACACAGAGCUCUACAUCACAGAGGGGGGGACUGCAGAUUUCAAUGAUGAACAUGAGGUCAGACAGAUUGAAACAGCAUCCAGGAAACCAGACAGACCAGAAACAACAAUCAGACAAGAAGACAUCUUUAAAGCCUCACCUGAAGGAGAUGAACCAAUCAGAACAGUGCUGACAAAGGGAGUGGCUGGCAUUGGGAAAACAGUCUUAACACAGAAGUUCACUCUGGACUGGGCUGAAGACAAAACCAACCAGGACAUCCACUUCACAUUUCCAUUCACUUUCAGAGAGCUGAAUGUGCUGAAAAAGAAAAAGUUCAGCUUGGUGGAACUUGUUCAUCACUUCUUUUCUGAAACCAAAGAAGCAGGAAUCUGCAGGUUUGAAGAGUUCCCCAUUGUGUUGAUCUUUGAUGGUCUGGAUGAGUGUCGACUUCCUCUGGACUUCCACAACACUGAGAUCCUGACUGAUGUCACAGAGUCCACCUCAAUGGAUGUCCUGCUGACAAACCUCAUCAGGGGGGAACUGCUUCCCUCUGCUCGACUCUGGAUAACCACACGACCUGCAGCAGCCAAUCAGAUCCCUGCUGACUGUGUUGACAUGGUGACGGAGGUCAGAGGGUUUACUGAACCACAGAAGGAGGACUACUUCAGGAAAAGAUUCACAGAUGAGGAGCAGGCCGGCACAAUCAUCUCCCACAUCAAGACAUCACGAAGUCUCCACAUCAUGUGCCACAUCCGAGUAUUCUGCUGGAUCUCUGCUACAGUUCUGGAGAAGCUGAUGGAAACAGGAGAGGCAGGAGAGCUGCCCAAGACCCUGACUGAGAUGUACAUCCACUUCCUGUUGGUUCACUUGAAAGUGAAGAAUGUCAAUUAUCAUGGAAAAUCUCAGACAGAUCCACAGUGGAGUCCAGAAAGCAGGGAGAUGAUUGAGUCUCUGGGAAAACUGGCUUUUGAUCAGCUGGAGAAAGGAAACCUGAUUUUCUAUGACUCAGACCUGACAGAGUGUGGUAUUGAUAUCAGAGCAGCCUCAGUGUACUCAGGAGUGUUCACAGAGGUCUUUAGAGAGGAGAGAGGACUGUACCAGGACAGGGUGUUCUGCUUCGCCCAUCUGAGUGUUCAGGAGUUUCUGGCUGCUCUUCAUGUCCAUCUGACCUUUAUCAACUCCGGAGUCAAUCUGAUGGCAGGAGAACAACCAACCCCCCGACUGUUCAAAGUCUUCAGAGACAAACCUGAACUAAGACAUCUCUACCAGAGUGCUGUGGACAAGGCCUUACAGAGUCCAAAUGGACACCUGGACUUGUUCCUCCGCUUUCUCGUGGGUCUUUCAUUGCAGACCAAUCAAAGACUCCUACGAGGUCUGCUGGCGCAGACAGGAAGUAGCUCACGGACCAAUCAGAAAACAGUCCAGUACAUCAAGAAGAAGAUCACGGAGAAUCUGUCUGCAGAGAGAAGCAUCAACCUGUUCCACUGUCUGAAUGAACUGAAUGAUCGUUCUCUAGUGGAGGAGAUCCAACAGUCCCUGAGAUCAGGAAGUCUUUCCACAGAUAAACUGUCUCCUGCUCAGUGGUCAGCUCUGGUCUUCAUCUUACUGUCAUCAGAAACAGAUCUGGACGUGUUUGACCUGAGGAAGUACUCUGCUUCAGAGGAGGCUCUUCUGAGACUGCUGCCAGUGGUUAAAGCCUCCAACAAAGCUCUACUGAAUAACUGCAACCUCUCAGAGAGAAGUUGUGAAGCUCUGUCCUCAGUCCUCAGCUCCCAGUCCUGUAGUCUGAAAGUCCUGGACCUGAGUAACAACAACCUGCAGGAUUCAGGAAUAAAGUUUCUGUCUGCCGGACUGGAGAGCCCGCUUUGUAAACUGAAAACUCUCAGGGUAAGUGGCUGUAACCUCUCUGAGAGAAGCUGUGAAGCUUUGUCCUCAGUCCUCAGCUCCCAGUCCUCUAGUCUGAGACACCUGGACCUGAGUAACAACAACCUGCAAGAUUCAGGAUUGAAGCAGCUGUCUGUUGGACUGAAGAGUCCACUAUGUGAACUGAAAACCCUCAGCCUGUCAAACUGUCUGAUAACAACAUCUGGCUCCGCUUCUCUGGCCUCAGCUCUGAGCUCCAACCCCUCUCAUCUGAGAGAGCUGGACCUAAGCUACAAUCAUCCAGGAGACUCAGAACUGAAGCUCCUUUCUGCUGGAGUGAAGGAUCCACACUGGAGGCUGGACACUCUCAGGGUGGACCAUGGUGGAGAGCACAGGUUAACACCUGGUCUGAGGAAGUAUUUCUGUCAACUCACACUGGACAAAAACACAGCACGCACUUUCCUCAAACUGUCUGAAAACAAGAAGAAGGUGACAAGUAUGUUGGAGAAUCAGUAUUAUCGUGAUCAUCCAGAGAGAUUUUUAGCCUGUGAUCAGCUGCUGUGUAGAGAUGGUCUGACUGGUCGCUGUUACUGGGAGGUUGAGUGGGAAGGAAGCGUUACUGUAGCAGUGAGUUACAGAGGAAUCAAGAGGAGAGGAUACGCAGAUGACUGCUUCUUUGGAAAAAAUGACCAGUCCUGGGGUCUUGAGUGCUAUCUGAAUUACAGUGUCUGGCAUAAUAACACAUUAGCAUUCUCCUCCUCUUCCUCCUUCUCCAUUUCCUCUGGUAGAGUAGCAGUGUAUGUGGACUGUCCUGCUGGCAUUCUGUCCUUCUACAGAGUCUCCUCUGACACACUGAUCCACCUCCACACCUUCAACACCACUUUCACUGAACCUCUUUAUCCUGGGUUUCAUGUCAGGUUAUCUAACUCCUCAGCGUCUCUGUGUCGUCUGUAGGACAGAAACAACUUCCUGUCCUGUGGUCCAAAUGUUGAAUGAGGUUCACUUUGGUUAAUAUUUGAUUCUCAGAUUGUUUCUUUAAUGUCAGUAAUGUUUUCUUCUUAUAAAUGGUGAAAUUAUCUCAGGGCUGAACUUUGUUGUUCUCUUUAAUCACAUAUUUUUGGAGAAGCAUCUUGUAGCUGCUAAUGUCUGUAGUGAUUUAUUUCAAUAAAGUUUUGAAGACAAAACACACUUGAUGUUCAUGAGUUCAGCAGGUUUCUAACAAAUGUAAAUAUGCUUCUGUUUUUAAAGACAAAUAAAGACAUUACCUUCAGAAUUUAGUUUUUUUCUUUAUCAUUUAAAAAUGAUUCAGGUGUUAUAUUUCUUGUGAAUAUUAUUAUCGUAUUUAAACAUUUGUAUUUAUCUCAGUUUUGAAAACCAGAUAAAGUCACACAUGCAUACUUCCGUGGAAAGGAUUUUUUUGUGUUCUCAAUAUAACAAAUAAAUUACCUUGAGAUGACAGCAUUGACAAUAAUUCCUGUACAUUCUCGGCUUCUG